GUCUUCCCUCCAUAUCCAUCCCAACUCCGAACACAACAAUUUCCCUCCCUCUCUCUCUCUCUCUCUCCCUCCCUCCGCUUCCUUCGUUUCCUGCUCUCCACCUUUCCCACCUCCACACACGCCUUCCACUGCCUCUCCCUCCUCCUUCUACUCCUCAAUCUACAGAUCGUAGACAGCCCGAUUCGAGACCCUGCCCCAAUCGCCCCCACGCAGCCGAUCCCCCGCCGCCGCCGCUUCGGCGCCGCCAUCGGAUCUGCUCCUCUCCGCUGCUGGAAGCCGACCAGGAAAGAGGGUUUUGUGCUCGGAUUCCGUAUCGGAGAACGAUCUGCUUGUCCCGGCCUGGAGAUCGGUGAUUUGUGGGGUUUCGUCUUGUGAUUUUGUUGGUUUUGGGUUGGGGGUCGAUGUCUGGUGGCCGAGCAGCUGGGAUUCGCGCGCCACAGCCGACUGGGCAGAUCCGACAGCCGCCGAAGCGGCACCUGCCGUUCCCCUCGACGAGGCCCCCGUUCCUCGCCCCGGACGAGUACCAUCGCUUCCCGGGCCCCGACGGGCGGGGAAUCGCUGGCGAUGAGACGGCCGAUGCCCUGGUUAUCAAAACGCCUUUGAAGCGGAAGCGUGAACACGAAGAUAAUGAAGCUGGAGAAUCAAGUGAGUGGAUGGCUAGUCCUGGUUAUGCUGAAGGACUUAAUAAUCUUCUUCUCACACCGGUAUCAGGAAAAGGAGGAAAGACAUAUGGGAGAUCCAAAAUUGCCAAGUACAAUAAGUCUGGCCCUCAUACCCCAAUGUCAAAUGCUGGUUCUCCUUCAGGCAAUACUCUCACUCCUGUUGGUACUUGCCGUUAUGACAGCUCUCUAGGACUUCUGACCAAAAAGUUCAUUAAUUUGCUUAAACAUGCACACGAUGGCAUCCUUGAUUUGAAUAAUGCUGCGGAAACACUUGGGGUGCAAAAGAGGCGGAUUUAUGACAUAACUAAUGUCCUUGAAGGGAUUGGACUUAUAGAAAAGAAACUCAAGAACAAAAUUCGUUGGAAAGGACAAGAUAACACAAGACCAGGAGAAGUUGAUGAUGAUCUUUCAGUCCUACAGUUUCAUUUUCUUCAGGCAGAAGUUGAAAAACUUGCUUUGCAAGAGCACAGUUUAGAUGAUCGUAUCAGUGAAAUGCGUGAAAAAUUAGGGGUGCUUAGUGAAGAUGUAAACAAUCAGAAGUGGCUGUAUAUGACCGAAGAUGACAUCAAAAGUCUACCAUGCUUUCAGAAUGAAACAUUAAUAGCAAUAAAAGCGCCUCAUGGUACUACCCUGGAAGUUCCAGAUCCUGAUGAGGCUGGUGAUUAUCUACAGAGGAGAUACAGGAUUGUCCUAAGAAGUACGAUGGGUCCGAUAGAUGUAUACCUUGUUAGUCAAUUUGAGGAGAAGUUUGAGGAGGUGAGUGGUGUUGUGACACCUCCAAAGCUCCAUUCUGGUAAAUCAAUGGCAAACCCAGAAACUCUUGGGAACCCCACGCUGGCUGUUGCCACGGAAGAGAGCAAAGAGAAGGAACUGCAAGUAAAUAAUCAAGAUAGUCAGAGGGGGUUCCCUGACGUAAACUCCUUGCAGGAUUUUGGCAGUGGCAUGAUGAAGAUUGUUCCUUCAGAUGUUGAUACUGAUGCUGAUUACUGGCUUCUAUCAGAUUCUGGAUUUAGCAUUACAGAUAUGUGGAAGACUGCACCUGAGGUACAAUGGGAUGGAAUUGAUGUAUUCAACACAGAUGACUUUGUUACGGGUAGUGCUAGCACAUAUCAGCCGCAAACUCCAUCCAGUGUUACUGAUGUCCCCUCUAAUGCAAAUUCGACUCCUAGAUAAAUACAGGACAGGUUUAAUGUAGAAAUGGAAGAUCCGUCUUCUGGUGGGGACAAUCAGAUCCACCGAGACCCACAACGUCAUUGCCGUUAGGGCAAGCUGCGAAAGUCUGACGAUCAAGCGAUCAAGCGGUGAGGCUAUUUGCAAGAGUACUGUUCCAUUACCUGAUGGAACGGCGGCAGUUGUUGUGUAUGGUUGAGUAAUCCAUCUAGUGUAUUGUUCAUGCAUGAAAUUAGAUCCCCUUCUUUACUUCACUUGAGAUCUCUCUGUGCUCCUCAACUUGAGCAGUCCGUAUUAAAACAUGUUGGAAAUAUGUAAUCUUCCUUGGCUCUACUGUUUAUCAUAUAGACUUUAGAUCGAACAAGAUGAUGUGUAGCUCUCAUGAAAUCUAAGCUAUCACUCAAAAUGUGCUUUAGCCUCGUGAAAGCUUUCUUAUUAGUUCAAUAUGUAAUCUUUCUUAUUCUUCCUUUC